CAACCAACACCAACUACUCAUACUCCCAUUCACCCCACCCACCACCUCUUAUCCAACCCCCACCACCUCCCCUCACUCACCCACUAGCUCCAACACUCCCUCCACCUCCGCCUCUGCCACAUCUCCAUAUUCUUCAGACACAACUACCUCUUACCACAACUCACUCUACAACUCACACCACAACCACCAUGGACCACCCGCAAAGAUCCCUCGACACUACGCGCCUGCGCCUACAGCAACUAGUUCAAUCGCUCGACUCCUUCCGGCGGACCCUAAUCCUCAGCAAGCCGAACGAGCUGCCUCCAUGGGAGCAGAUGCAAUCGCACUUCAACGUUCUCUCCUCGACGAUGGACUCAGUGACGUCGGCACUGCACACGCACUUCCCAUUGCACUCCUCGUCCGCGAUGACGACGUACCCCUUACCAUCGUUCCCGGCGUCCACACACGAGAUCCUCCUCACGACGCUCCUGACAAAGAAGCCGCCGCCCGAGACGUUCGACCUGGUCUGGUCAGCGCUGCAGGCGCCGGCGGUCGACGUGCGCGUCGAGGCUUUGUGGGGCUCCGCGGCUAAGAUCGUGGGGGACGUGCAGGACAGCAGGGAGUGGGUUGAUGUGGUGGUCACGAAUGAGGAGCGGGAGGGGGGCACGGUUAAUGAGGACGAGUGGGUCGUGGAUGAGGGCGAGGAUGAUGAGGGAGAGAAGGAGCGGAAGAAGAGGAUGGAUGCUGAGAUGGAGGUGCUGCUGGCCGUGCUGAGGUUCGGGGAGACGGGUAUUCCCGCUGGUGAGCAGGUGCCGCUGCCGAAGGUGCAGGCUGUGAGAGGUGCGCGUUAGGGAUGCGCUCCCCAGUAAGCAUGCAUGGUUCCGAAAUCGGGGGAUUGUGGUGUAAUCGGUCCACUGGCAACGGGCGAUUCUCACGAGAACGAGUGAUGGCUUGCGAGAUUCACAAAAACUAUUAUUCUCGUUGAAGG